CAUUUUGUGUCUAUAAACUUUUUAGCCUAAUAUUUCACCUGCUUGACUGGAAAUGAUAAGAACAAACACGAAUGUUGUCAAGAUUCUUGCCCAGAUCCUGGUUCAGUCUGGCCAACAAACACCUUUUGUUCCUCAGUUGUUUUACACUCUUCUCUUGAUUUAUUAUAACUUUUGGCAGUCUAUAGUACUCCAAAUUUGUUUUCCUGGUCUGACUGAUUAGUUCAGCUCAAAACAUGACAAUAAUUGACCAUUUUCAGCAGCAAAUAUAUUAGCAAAACAUCACCCCUGAUAGAAUUCUUCAAUUUUUUUAUAUAAUCCUCCAGAAUCACCUAGAAAAACUGGUGUUCAGUCUCUCACAAUUUGAGCCUGAUGAAUUUUGCAGCUUGCAGACACUGAGUAGCAGUGUCUUGUUUUUGCCAGUAACUGGUGUCCAAAACCCUCCUACUUUUGAGCAGAUACACAGAAGAAGCAUUUUCUGUUCAUUCUUGUUCCAUCACAAGAUGCAUCUGCAAGUCUCCAUCGUUCUUUUUUUCAUUCUUCUCACUGGAGGAUUCUGUCUGGACUGUUAUGAUUGCGACGAUAAAUCAUUAGAUCUUUGUGAAGAAAAGACAUGUAACAAUGAAGAAAGCAUGUGUGCAAGCAUAACAAUAGAAGAAGUCGAAGACGCAGGAUUUUGUGUAGUAGUUACAGUGACCACUGAGAAAAGAUGUGCCAUGCUGGAAGAAUGUAAACCUUGGUCCACCAAACGCACCCGGAGCAAAUCAGUUUCUGUCCAGUGCUGUAACACCAACUUGUGCAAUAAACCAGAUUAUUAUAGUUAUGAGAAUCGGAGGAGGUGUUUCACUUGUGACAAGGAGGACUGCUCAUACGAAGUGUUUUGUCAGGAGAAUGAAGACUACUGCUUUACUGCAUACAAAAAUCACUCUCAAUAUCAACCACAGACUGUGAAAGGAUGUGCCUCUACAAAUUUCUGUUAUAAUAAAACAGAAGGGUUAGACUUUGUUGGAAACGUCACAUGUUGUUGGGGGAACCUGUGUAACGGUGCUCAGAGUGUCACUCAGAUCUUCCUGUUCCUCUGCUGUUCUCUGCUCUCCUUCAUCCUGCUUCACUGAAUCCAGCAUCUCUUCACAUUCUACAGCUCUGAUCCCUGUGUCAGAUGCAUUUUAAUAAAUUAUAUUUAACAUAACAUAUUGUUUAUAUUUAAUAAAUUGUAUAUAACAUUAACUUUAAUAUUUAAGACAGAAAUCUUGUUGAUAUGUUCUUGACUUGUUUGUAUCAUCGUAUCUAUACCAGACGUUUUUUUCACAACCGUAUGUUUGGAAUUUGCUGUUUCGUACAAGUGUGCUGUAAAUGUCAGUUCAUGUUUUUUAGCCUGAUAGACGGAUUGCAUGAGCAGAAGCAGUUUGCAUUUGUUUAGGAUGCUGAACCCAUGUGUAGACUGUCUGCAUGCAAAUCCCAAAUUAUUUUUGCUGAUUUGUCAUGCCUUUUCCACAUUUAUGAAUGCAACGUUGACUCAGCAAAAAACAGCUAAUUCCAUGAAUAACCUUUAUCUUUGACAUUUAUAGUAAAUGUGCAAAUUCAAACUAAUUUCCUGUUAACUGUUAACACAUUUGACAAUAAAUAUAUUUAUUU